AUGUUUAAAAUAAUACAUAGAUCUGGUAUCGCUAAUAGGCGUUUCCUUAACAUAAAUAAUUUGAUUACUAAAAAUGUACAUAAAGCUACGAAUGAUAUUCAUUAUCAAAUAAGAAAGAAGCCUACAUUUCGAGACCUCGUGAAAGCUCCAAUUUUUAAGUCUAUAUUUUUAACGAUUGUGUUCGGUACGGCAAUAGUCGGAUUAAUAGACAGUCGUAGAGAAUUAGAGACUUUGGAACAAACGUAUGAUUCAAAAUUUGUUAUUUUGGAGGAAAUCAUUUCUAAAUUAGAAAGAGGUGAAAAUGUUGAUAUUCAUCGUGAAUUGAAAUUGGUAAAUAAAUUGACCAAAAACAAGUACAACACUGUUACCGAUAUUGAACUAGAUGAGCAGUUAGAUGAAAUAUUAAAAAUGACAGAGAGUGAAAGUGAUGAGAUACGAGAGGAAUCCAGGGAUUCAGAAACGAAGAAAUAUGAUAAAUCACAAAUUGAGACGAACAAAUUCUUGUAA